UACCCUCCCACUUCUUCCUCCCCCUCUAAACCCGGUCGAACAGAGGGAGCGUGGAAGUAGAAAAGCGAAGAGAAAAGAAAAGUGAGAGGAAGUAGACAAGAGCGGCAGCAACCUCGCCAGCGUAGGCGUCCUCCGCCCACCAUGUCUUUCUUCAACAAGCUCGCCAAAAAGCUGGACGAGCUAGAUCUCGGCUUCGAUUCGAAACCGUCAAAGGAAGAAAAGCCUCCCACCAACCGUGAUUAUGCACCUCCCCCUCAGCCUCAAUAUGGAAGCCAGCCACCAUACCAGCAACCCCCAUACCAGCAACCCCCGUACCAGCAGGCAUACCCACCCCACGGCGGGAGCCCCGCCCCGCCUCCACCCGGGGCUGGUUAUCCAGGUCAAUAUCAGAACUACUACGGCGGCGCUCCGCCCCCCCAGGCCGCCGGACCAACCUACGCCCCGCCGCCGGACAAGCCCCCGAUCCCGUCCGGGUGGGUGCCCCAGUUCGACCAGCAGCACCAGCGAUGGUAUUACCACGAGAUCGCCACUGGCCGCUCCCAGUGGGAGGCGCCCGGCUACCACGCCGGAGGCAACUCGGAAAAUCGAGGCUACGGCGAACACGGCGGGCAAGGCUACCCGCCCUCCGGUGCGGCCGGCUACGGCUACGGAUCUCACGACGCGCACGGUUACGGCUCCCACGGGGGCCACGACGAGCAUAGGAGUCACGGGCACGGACAUAAUGACCACGGCUACGGGCACUCUGGGGGCUACGGCGAGCACGGCGGCGGCGAGCACAAGGAGAAGAAGGAUAAGAAGGACAAGAAGGACAAGAAGAAGAGCGACCAUAGCGGUUUGCUGAUGGGCGCUGCCGGCGGCCUCGCCGUUGGUGCUAUCGGCGGCGCGCUGCUUGCUAACGCUCUCGAUGACUCCGACGACGAGCGUCGCGCUGCUCCUCCGGCCCCGGUCUACGCCGCCGCCCCGGCCCCGGUCUACGAGCCCGCGUACAACGCGCAGGGCGAGUACGUCGACGCCAGCGAUCGAGAGUCGGUCCGCUCCGCCCGGGAAAACUACGAGGAGGCGCUCGCCGCGGCGCAGGAUUCCGACGCCAGCAGCAGCGAGAUGGAGGAGCUUGAAGAGGCGCGCGAGGAGUACGAGGAGGAGUACGAGGAGGCGUACGGCGACGACUAGAAGGUAGAAUUAUUAAUGUCUAGGUCCAAGCAGUUGUGUCUGAGCGUGUUUUACGAGGAGGUGAGAGUUGAGCUUGACGAAUGCAUGCGCCGUUCUAUUUACUGCCGCCUUCCAUCGUAACCACCGGUCCCUAUGGGGAAUAUGCUGCGACGCAAUGAAGGGCUAGGUUGCAAAAGCACUCGGUCACUCGGUCCUCGAUCCCAUCGAUCU